AUGACAUUAGCCCAAUUGGGUCUAUGCGCAGGCAGCAUCUACGCCUGUUUCCUAGCCUGGGGAUUGCUUCAAGAAAGGCUGACCACAACAGCCUAUCCCAUCCCUCAUGAUUCGACCUACAAGGACCAACUUUCCGCUUCAUUGCAUGGUCAAUCUCUCGAAUACUUUCAAUCUCCCUUAUUGUUGAAUUGGACGCAGGCUAUCGCCUGUUCCAUUGUAGCCGUUGCCUACCUCGUCGCAGGCAACUCGCGCAGCACCGCCUCGAAGGGGAAAAGUAUCUGGAGAGUGCUCGGAUUGGACGUGCUCAGCGUGAGCGGUGCAGAGCGAGCGCAAAAGCCGGCAUUCACAUCGGCAUCUCAAGUCAGACCUGAUGGCCUCUCGACGACGCGGAGGAGGAUAUCGCCCCUCUUUGUUCGAUAUCUCGCCAUCGCAGCUUUCCAAUCGACGGCCUCCCAAUUAGGUCUACUAAGCCUGUCGCACGGCAUUUCGUACCCUACUUUGACGCUGGCAAAAUCCUGCAAGCUUCUACCCGUGCUUAUUGCCAACGUGGUCAUCUAUCGGCGCAAAUUUGCUCCUUACAAGUAUGCCGUUGUGCUGCUGGUAACGGCAGGCAUUAGCGCAUUCAUGCUGGCCGCGCCCAGCAAGAAGAAGUCCUCAUCGGGGGGAGAUACGCUCUUCGGAAUGGGAUUGCUCAUUGCUAAUUUGGCAUUGGACGGGGCAACGAAUAGUACGCAAGACGACGUCUUCUCCAAAUGGUCAAUCGCUGGACCGCAGAUGAUGCUACUGAUGAACCUACUAAGCUCGAUCCUGAUGGGUUUCAGUCUGAUCCUUCCUCUUCCAGGAGUAGGCUCAUCCUCAAGCUCACAAGGAUCAAAUGAACUUUCUUCUGCUCUCGCAUUUAUCCACAGACACCCGCAAGUUGUCAAGGACUUGGCAGGAUACGCAUUGGCGGGCGCUUUUGGACAAAUAGCCAUCUUUGAAACGCUAGAGAGGUUCGGAAGCUUGACUCUGGUCUCCAUCACUGUGAGUUCGAAUACAUCCCCCCUCUAUUGCAAGUUGACCCUCUUCGCUCACAUUCUGUGGACUCUGUCGUGAUCAGGUGACGCGCAAAUUAUUCACCAUGCUGCUCUCCAUCGCAGUGUACGGCCACAAGCUCAACCCGACACAGUGGAUAGGAGUAGCGGUUGUCUUCUUUGGACUCGGCAUAGAAGCGAGAGAAAAGAGGAGGGAGGGUUUGCAAAAGCAAAAAGCGAAGGAGGAGGUGGAAAGAAAAGCUAAGCAAGUCAAGAGCAAGUGA